AUGUCAAAUGAGGUUAUCCUUUGUAUCUCGGAUCAAUUAUCAUCUACUGAUGUCAUCUACAGUUUUUCAAAUCUUAACACUCGUAUUGAUUCUUUAUUAUUAGAAUUUCAUGGACUUUACAAACAAUUAGAUUUACGUCAUUGUUCAUUGCCAGCUUGUCGUUUUCUUUGUCGUCAAGUACCAACUAUGAUGCAAUGGCGUCUCGGUCUUACUGUUCUCAAAUUAGGUAGUUCUGGUCGAUGUUCUCAAAAAGAUUUGUUUGUAGAUAUAAUUAUAAUGUCAGAUAAACUCAUUCCACAUUAUUUACGUGAUAAUGAUGAUACAUCAACUGAUCUUGAACUAUUGAUACAUCAACAACAAAAAUGGACACGAACAACAAUCCAAGCAAAAGAAAAUGUUGAAUUACGACAAAAAUUUCCACCAUUUGUCGUACCAACAGCUAUUUAUAAAGUAGUCCAUGUGAACAAAUAUACUUCAGUGGAAGAAAUGUACUUAUUGAUCAAUCAUGUACAAGGAUGUACUCAAUUUACUAUUGACACAGAGUCUGAAAAAUCAAAUGGUCAAUUAGCAUUCAUACAAAUACAGACUAUACCACCUCGACUACCAUUAUUAGUAAUAUUAAUUGAAUUACAACAUCUUCCACCUAAUAAUCUGCCUACGCCACAACAAUCUUAG